ACCGCGUGAUCGUGGAGAAGCCGUUCGGGCGGGACCUGCGCUCGUCGGAGGAGCUGUCGGAGCACCUGAGCUCCCUGUUCCGUGAGGAGCAGAUGUACAGGAUGGACAACUACCUGGGCAAGGAGAUGGUGCAGAGCCUCAUGGUGCUACGGUUCGGUAACCGGAUCUUCGGGCCGAUCUGGAACCGCGACAACGUGGCCUGCGUGGUGCUCACCUUCAAGGAGCCCUUCGGCACCGAGGGCCGCGGGGGGUACUUCGACGACUUCGGCAUCAUCCGGGACGUGAUGCAGAACCACCUGCUGCAGCUGCUGUGCCUGGUGGCCAUGGAGAAGCCGGCGUCCACACACCCCGACGACGUGCGCGACGAGAAGGUGAAGGUUCUCAAGAGCAUCGGGGCGGUGCAGCUGCAGGACGUGGUGCUGGGUCAGUACGUGGGGAACCCCCAGGGCCCCCCCGAGGCACAGAAGGGGUACCUGGAGGACCCCACGGUGCCCCCCGGAUCCACCACCCCCACCUUCGCCACCGCCGUGCUGCGCGUGGCCAACGAGAGAUGGGACGGUGUCCCCUUUGUCCUUCGCUGUGGGAAGGCCCUGAACGAGCGCAAGGCCGAGGUGCGGCUGCAGUUCCGGGAGGUGCCCGGGGACAUUUUCGGGCGGCAGUGCAAGCGCAACGAGCUGGUGGUGCGGGUGCAGCCCCGCGAGGCCGUCUACGCCAAGCUCAACACCAAGAAACCCGGCAUGUUCCUCAGGCCUGAGGAGUCUGAGCUCGACCUCACCUACGGCAGCAGAUACAAGGACGUGAAGCUCCCCGACGCGUGGCGGCUGCUCCUCGACGUCAUCUGCAGGAACCAAAUGCACUUCGUCAGGAGUGACGAGCUGCGCGAGGCCUGGAGGAUUUUCACGCCCCUCCUGCACGAGAUCGAGGAGAGGAAAGAGCCCCCCAUCCCCUAUCCCUAUGGCAG